AAUGGAUAAUUAAAAGAAGUGCCUUUUUGAAAAAUUUGGAGGAGACUAACAAGUUUCAGAACUCAUUGAUCAAUUCUAUUAUAAAGUCUUGUUUGAUAAACUACUUCGAGAUAAAUUUUUGAAGGCAGAUAUGAGUAGAGUUCGAUAUCAAUAAAAACGAUUCUUCGCUUAAAUGAUGGGUGAUUCUAAUACCUAAUAUACGGGAAGGUAUUUUAUUUGCUUUUAUAUUUAUAGAGAUUUAAUAGAGGUCCAUAAAAAUCUUAAUAUCACCAACUAAUAAUUUGAUAAAUUUAAAACACAUCUCAAAAAUAUUGCAUUAGACAUGGAAAUACCCAAUUUAGACAUAGAGGAGUUACUUUAACAUGUUGAAAAACAUAGAAACCUCAUUGUAUUCUAAAAAUGAU